AUGGCUUCCAUUGCGCGCCAGUCUCCUUUCCUCAGGUCGUCCUGCCUGUCUGCUUUCCGGUCGCCCUUGGUGAACAGAAAUGUGUCGCAGGUUGUGGCUUUCCACGCUUCUGCGAAGAAGCAGAUUCUGCCUCCUCUGCCCCAGGUCAUUCAGGGAACCAUGAACGAUGCCGCUCCCAUCCCUAAACCUCACCCUUCGGAGGGUAGCUAUCACUGGAGCUUCGAGAGAUUCGUCUGCGUCGGUCUGAUCCCUCUGACCAUCGCCCCCUUCGCCGCCGGCUCCCUCAACCCUGUCAUGGACUCGGUCCUGUGCACUCUCCUGGUGCUGCACUCGCACAUUGGUUUCCAGGCCUCGAUCAUCGACUACUUCCCAAAGCGCCGUGUCCCGAAGACCGCCACAUUCAUGAGCUGGCUGCUGCGCGCUUUCACCCUCACGACUGCCGUCGGUCUCUAUGAGUUCGAGACAAACGACGUUGGUGUCACAGAGGCUAUCAAGAGAGUGUGGAAGGCAUAG